GCCCGGUAUUCCAUUUUCUUGCAGCGGAUUGCCCAAACCUUCCCCGGUCCCUUAGCUUGCUGUACUCUGUAUACAUGAUCACGCGUCGCUCUGCAGCCUCUCCGGGUCGCUUGAGUUGUCCAUAAUGUCGUGGAAGAGGACGGACAGGUUGAUGGACACCAUCAGACACUAUGCCAGCUUUCCAGCUACCGGCGUCAGCUUGCGCCAGAUGGUCCAGUUUGGCGAGAAGCCCUCAACUGGCACCCUCUUCCGCGCCUCUCAAUUCCUCGCCGAGGAGCUCCCCAUUCGCCUCGCCCACCGCGUUCAGGAGCUUGAGGAGCUCCCAGAUGGCUUGAACGAAAUGCCAUCCGUCAAGCGAGUGCAGAAUUGGUACGCACAGUCGUUCGAGGAACUCACCACACUCCCACGACCGGUGCUGAGUAAGGAAGUACGAGAACGACUGAUGAAGCCGGGCAAUAAAUUCGGCCGGACCACCGCCAUGCUCUCCGAGACCACUCGCAAUCCUAGCGUCGCGAAAGGCCAGUAUACUUCUCUGCCACAAACCAACGGGAACGGGAACGGACAUGGCAACGGCCUUGUCAACAGCAACGGCAACGGAGUCGGGAUCGGGAUCGGGAACCAAUGGGGCGUGAAGAAGGGCCCAGCAGCUGCCGCGAGGAGGUACUUCGCCAUGGUCGACGAUACGGGCGACUGGCCUGCCGAGCUUCGACUCUACAAUGAGAAAUUUGCCAAGACCCUACACGCUAUCAAGAGGAGACACGACGGUGUCGUCACCACCAUGGCCCAGGGCAUCUUGGAGUACAAGCGGAAACGCCAGCGUAUGCAGAUCGACCACAACAUCCAAGCCUUCCUAGACCGUUUCUACAUGUCCCGCAUCGGCAUCCGCAUGCUCAUAGGCCAACACAUUGCCCUGACCGAACAAAGCCGCCAUCACGACCCCAACUACGUCGGCAUCAUCUGCACCAAAUGCAACAUCCAGGAACUGGCACAAGAAGCCAUCGAGAACGCCCGCUUCGUCUGCGAGGACCACUACGGGCUCUUCGAGGCCCCCAAGAUCCAGCUCGUCUGCAACCCGGACAUCAACUUUAUGUACGUCCCGGGCCACCUCUCCCACAUGCUCUUCGAGACCCUCAAGAACUCUCUCCGCGCCGUUGUGGAGACCCACGGCCAGGACAAGCAAGAGUUCCCCGUCACAAAGGUCAUCGUCGCCGAGGGCAAGGAGGACAUCACCAUCAAGAUCUCCGACGAGGGCGGCGGUAUUGCUCGGAGCGCCAUUCCCCUGAUUUGGACCUACAUGUACACUACCGUCGACCGAACACCAAAUCUGGACCCGGACUUCGACAAGAGCGAUUUCAAGGCUCCCAUGGCCGGUUUCGGUUACGGUCUCCCCAUUUCCCGUCUCUAUGCUCGCUACUUUGGCGGCGACCUUAAGCUUAUUAGCAUGGAAGGAUAUGGUACCGACGUAUACCUCCACCUUAACCGCCUAUCGUCAUCAUCGGAACCUCUACAAUAGCAAUCAGCAGUCAGGAGGGAUGGGGCCGGCUCCCUCACGCCCGCCUCCAACGCCCGAGGAUUGACGCUGACGCUGUUGGGGAAGUACAAAGUCCACAAGAGGCUCAAGAGCCUAGAGGUUACAGAGCGCCGCCAGUUCGAAACUGUAGCCGAUGCUUCUUCUUUUUUUUUUCUUUUUUUCCUUUCGCGCCAUACGCUGCACUACUCCAGUCCCGUCUCUGCGGGAGCGUACUGGUGGAAUUUCUAUCGACGUGGUUACAAGCUUUUUUCCACGCAGGUGCCACGCGGACACAGUUAUGUUCGAUGAACAAGGGACGGAAUUGGAGAUGAAACGACUCCAAAAUAUAGGUGCGCUUGAACGCGCCCGAACAAGCCACAC